GCUGCUCCAGAUUUUGUGCAGGAUAUUUCCAAUUGUGCCCAACCUCAAUAAAAAUUUGUUAAAUUUGUCGUAUGACGUCUGUCAAAUAAGUGUCAAAUUUUGAAUUUUGACAUUAAUAUGCUGAUGCUCUUUGGUCCAAUUUGGUCACUUUGAUUGAUGAUAAAAGUGGUUUAACUUUGGCAUGAAAUUGAAAAUUAAACAAAAAAUAAAAUUACAUCACGCUUAAAAGUGGUGGUUAGUAAAUAUAACUAGCAAAAUAAACGAAUAAUACAGUAAAUACCCUAGCUGUAUCAAGUAAACACGUCCAAAUAUAUAUGCUAUACAAAAACACUAAAUUGUCGCUACUCGGGCUCGCUGCUAAGUUUUAUAUUUUUGACCUUCUCAAGGUGACCGAUAUCGCGGUAAAAUAAUUCAGUCAGGGUUUAGCUGUUAUACAAGACUGUAUUGUACGCUGAAGGAAAUUUUUUAAAAUGAGCGUACAAACAGAUUCGGAGAAGCGUAAGCAAAUAUCCGUCCGGGGUAUUGUUGCUGUGGAAAACGUAGCUGAAGUGAAGAAGGCAUUUAAUCGGCACGUUCAUUAUACAUUGGUAAAGGAUCGAAAUGUUGCGACCCCCAGAGACUACUACUUCGCCCUGGCACACACUGUUCGCGACCACCUUGUCUCUCGUUGGAUACGAACCCAACAGUAUUAUUAUGAGAAGGACCCCAAGCGUGUUUACUACCUUUCCCUCGAGUACUAUAUGGGAAGGUCUCUCCAGAAUACCAUGAUCAACUUAGGUAUCCAGGGAACUGUGGACGAAGCUCUUUAUCAGUUAGGAUUGGACAUUGAAGAGCUCGAGGAGUUAGAGGACGACGCUGGCUUGGGCAAUGGUGGUCUCGGCAGGCUUGCCGCGUGUUUCCUUGACUCAAUGGCGACACUUGGUCUAGCAGCUUAUGGCUAUGGUAUCCGUUACGAGUAUGGUAUUUUUACGCAGAAGAUAGAAAACGGGGAACAACAAGAGGAAGCCGAUGACUGGUUAAGAUAUGGUAAUCCCUGGGAGAAGGCGCGUCCUGAAUAUAUGAUACCCGUUAACUUUUACGGACGUGUAGUGGAUACUCCAGAGGGUAAAAAGUGGAUUGAUACUCAGGUGGUGUUCGCCAUGCCUUACGACAAUCCGAUUCCAGGCUACAAUAACAAUGUGGUUAACACACUCCGUCUCUGGUCUGCAAAAAGCCCUAUCGAUUUUAAUUUACGGUUUUUCAAUUCCGGUGAUUACAUUCAAGCUGUUCUCGAUCGUAAUGUAGCGGAAAAUAUUUCUAGAGUUCUCUACCCUAACGAUAACUUCUUCGAGGGUAAGGAAUUGAGACUUCGGCAGGAAUACUUUAUGUGCGCCGCCACUUUACAAGAUAUUAUAAGAAGAUAUAAAUCCUCCAAAUUUGGCAGUCGUGAAGCCGUUCGAACUACCUUUGAAAGUCUCCCAGAUAAAGUAGCUAUCCAACUGAAUGACACCCACCCAGCUUUAGCUAUUCCAGAACUGUUGCGAAUUUUAAUUGAUGUCGAAAAGUUACCAUACGAAGAGGCUUGGGAUCUUGUCGUGAAAUGUUGCGCCUACACCAAUCACACCGUUUUACCGGAAGCCUUGGAGAGGUGGCCGUGUUCAAUGUUAGAAAACUGUUUGCCUAGACACAUGCAACUGAUAUACCAAAUCAAUUUCCUUCAUCUCCAGGAAGUCGAAAAGCGUUGGCCAGGCGACUUGGAUCGCCUGCGUCGCAUGUCUCUUAUCGAGGAAGAAGGAGAGAAGAGAGUUAACAUGGCACAUCUUUGUGUGGUCGGCUCACACGCCGUAAACGGUGUCGCGGCUAUUCAUUCUGAUAUCCUAAAAGCGACAAUAUUCCGCGACUUUUACGAGAUGUGGCCCAAAAAGUUCCAGAACAAAACGAACGGUAUCACGCCUCGUCGUUGGUUACUGCUAUGUAAUCCCGGUCUGUCCGAUAUCAUUUGUGACAAAAUCGGUGAAGACUGGACUGUCCAUCUGGAGAAAUUGCAGCAGCUGAAACGUUAUGCGAAAGAUCCAGCUUUCCAGCGGGCCGUUAUGAAAGUGAAACAGGAGAAUAAGUUCAGGCUGGCGGCUCUGAUAGAAAGGGAUACGGGGGUUAAGAUAAACGCGGCCUCGAUGUUCGAUGUGCAAGUGAAACGCAUCCACGAGUACAAGAGACAACUGCUGAAUAUUUUACACGUGAUUACGCUGUACAACCGCAUCAAGCGCGACCCGAGCGCCGCCAUUACCCCCCGGACUGUCAUGAUCGGUGGUAAAGCAGCUCCCGGCUACUACAUCGCUAAGCAAAUCAUUGCACUGGCUUGCGCUGUGGGCAAUACUGUCAACAAUGACCCGGAUGUUGGUGACAAGUUGAAGCUUAUAUACUUGGAAAAUUACCGCGUAACAUUAGCUGAGCGUAUCAUGCCGGCCGCUGAUCUUAGCGAGCAGAUCUCUACUGCUGGAACAGAGGCCUCUGGCACUGGUAACAUGAAGUUCAUGCUCAACGGCGCUCUGACUAUCGGUACCAUGGACGGAGCCAACGUCGAAAUGGCAGAAGAAGCCAGGGAGCAUAACAUGUUCAUUUUCGGCAUGCGGGUUGACGAUGUGGAAGCGCUGAAAAGUCGCGGCUACAACGCGUACGAUUACUACGAGCGCAACCCGGAGCUGCGGCAGUGCGUAGAGCAGAUCCGCAGCGGGUUCUUCUCGCCGAGCGAGCCGGGCCGCUUCGCGCACGUGGCCGACGUGCUGCUCAACCACGACCGCUUCCUGCACCUCGCCGACUACGACGCCUACAUCGAGGCGCAGGAGAAAGUCUCCCAGACCUACCAGAAUCCAUCUAAAUGGGCCGAGAUGGUAAUCGAGAACAUCGCUUCGUCUGGAAAGUUCUCAUCCGACCGCACCAUCGCAGAGUACGCGCGUGAGAUAUGGGGUGUGGAGCCAACCUGGGAGAAACUGCCCGCGCCGCAUGAGACCCCUGAAAAAAGCACAUGAACAAUUUCAUUUUUCAGUUGUUAUAGGUAUAACACAACUUGCACAUACAUCUUAUUUUUGUCAUUUCUUAAAUUUAUAAUUAAAUUCUUUUAAAACAAUAAUGAAGUAAGUACAGAGUUUAGCCGAAAAAGUUUCCGAAAUUGUGUCGUUUUAAAUAUGUUGUGUAAUAAGUAGCUGAACAUAUGUAUUUUUAAAUAGAAAUCAUUCAAAUAUUUGUGCCCUUUGGGUUUGCGCUCCUAAUGUCCCUCGGUGCUUCUUACUCUUUUCCCAGGUACUAAAUAUGGCUCUGCUCUGGUAAAAAUACAUUACAUAAAAUUUAUUUAUCAUCUGCAUAUUUAUAAAAUAUUUACAGCUAUUAUUAAUAUGAAAUCAUAAUAUUCAAAAUUUUUAAAUUUUAUUUAAGACGUCCAUUAUAUAAAGAAUUGAUUGAGAAAAAUAGAUAAUGUAAUACUUAGAAAGUAUAAUAUUUUAUUUUAUUUUUAAUUAUGAUAUAAUGUUAUAAUAAACUAUAUUCGAUCCGCGUCACAUUUUAAUUUUGGUUUUGCAUAUUAUUUCCAUUGUGUAUGUUUUGAUAUUUAUAUACUACUAAUCUUAAUAUGCUACAGAAUGCGCUUUAAAAAGUUGUUAAGGCUGCUUUAAUAAUAAUAUUUUCCUCAUUGAAACGAAGAUUGCAUGCCAGAUUUCUUAUUUUUUUUUAUUUUUUUUUUUUACUAAGAAUAUUAGAAUUUAACAUACAUAAUUAUAUAAAUCUCUUUCGACUUCCCUGUUCUAUUUAAAAAAAUAUGUAAUAUCUGUUUUGCUAUAAAUUCGAUUUUCAGUAUGUAUAUUGUUAAUAAAAAUAUUUUAAAAGUAUAUUUUUAAUUACUUGUAUGACAAAAAUAUUUAUAAAAUUAAUAUUUUUAACUAGUAGAUAUGUUGUUGGUGUUAAUGAUAUUUAGCAGCUUUGAAUUCAAUUACAUUUAAAAAUUGGUAUAAUUGUUUAAAAAACUAAUGUGUAUUAACUAGGAAAAUUGUAGACAUUGUGAAGAAUUGACACAAAGGAAAUUACUAGUGUAGAGCUUAGUUUGAAAUUAAUAUACUAGUUUAUGUCUAUACUAUUUUAAUCAUAUUAAUAGAAAGAAGAAAAAAAACAUAUAGAUUUAUAUUUAUAUAUAUGUUCUAAUAGUGAUAUGUGUGCCAUAUACAUGUUCCUCAUACAUACAGACAUACAUAAAUUGUAGUUUACGUGGCGUUAAGUGGAUUUUCGUGCUACCUUUUAAUGACUAAUCCACACGAAGUAGUGAAAUAGAAUAUGUUAACGUUUUAAAAAUGUAGCUAAAGAGCAGACAGAAAUCCUUUCAAAUUGACUUUAGUGUUCACCUUGUAACGUAUAGCACGCCAGCAACGGACACAUUAUAUACCUCGAAAAAUGACGCUACAUAGAGAUUAUAAUUUUGUUUACGAGUAAAUUAAGAAGGCCACAGCCCACAACUAUUCACCCUGUUUAAUUAAAACUUUCACACUCAAUGGGAUUCCUUGCCAUAAAACAUAAUGUAAAGAAAUGUUUUUAGUUUAUUACUGACUGCCAUGCUAACUAUUUACUAUUUCUAACAGAGUCAACGUUGUUCGUAUUUAUUUUUCUAUAUUAACUCUCUAAAGUUAAUGUUCUAUGAUGUUUAUUACUAUAAUAAUGUAUAUCCUAUAAAAAUUUUAAUAAAUGUUUUUAAAUAUGCUAUUCUUAAUUAGCAUAUUCUAAUAUUUGUCGUUAUGAUAAUCAAAUAAAACUAUAUUAUUAA